AUGGCCGAGAACAACGGCCUCGACUACAUCGUGCGAGGGCUGCAGCUGCUCUUUGCCCCCAUCGUCAUUGGAACAGACGCCUACGGUACGUACCGCGAACUCACCCUUAAAGCCUUACGAGUACUGACCCCGAUAGCGAUUCACGUGUUUCAUGGACACGAUGACCACGUUGACUCGCCCGUCUUUGACGGUGACGCCACCCUUCAUGUCGGUGUCCCUGCUGCAUGGAGUUUCUUGAUGUUCUGUGCCGUCUGGACGGUCCUGGUCGUCGUCUGGCACUUCGUCGAGCCCGGCCUCGCAAGUCGCCCGACGAUUAGAUACGUUAGUAUCCUCGCCGAGGCCGUGGCUGUCCUCUCGUGGCUCGCCGGCUUCAUUGCCGUGGCUGUCAACGUUUCGACGACCGAUGCCUGCUCGUCCGGACAAAUUUCGUGCGCGGAGCUCAAGGUGGCGACGGCUUUUGGUGCGUUCGAAUGGCUGCUGUUCAUGAUUACCGCAAUCCCGGCUCUCACGUCCUUGUUCAAUAACCCGAAACGGGUCAGUUCCUCAUGA